AUGUCCGAUCUGGUCCCUCCCACGUGGCCACUGUUCGUUUACUACGGAAUGUCCAUCGUCUCCCUCCCCCUCUACUUCCUCGUUUUCAUCUGUCUCCUCCGGCUCCGAUGCUUCUCAAAAAGCUACAACACCACAUUCUACUCGAUUCUUCUGCAACACGUGAGUCUUGUGCUUUCGAAGAUUCCCACGAAAGUGCACUAGAGCGUAGUUCUCAGUUCCAACUACACACAUGACUCCUCUAGUCGGCCAUACUUCAGUGUUAAAACGGGCCUCAGACUUCUGAUCCAGUUUUCUGAGAAACUCUAACAUGACAAGAUUAUUAUGACAUAUUUUCAGUGGGGGAGUUUUAGCCAGAUCCGCAGUGGAUUGAAACCAAUUUGAUCGUCCGAUCGAUUAAAAGUGACACCCUUCCAAUUCCUGUUGCCAGUUCUGACUAAUCGAGUGUUUCAGUGCAUCGCCGACAUCCUCGCUAUGCUCAUUUUCUUCGCCACCAACUCUGCUCGCACACUUCCCGGCCUUAGAGAGUUUUACUUCGAAUAUCAAGAGUAUUAUAUAGCUGCAUGUAAGUCGCUCGUCAUUGAUAGUUGGCAGCUUCAAGCCGUUUCAGCUUCCUACAACUCCAUCUACUAUUUUCUUUAUAUCCGAUGCACCGGAAUCGUCUUUCUGUCCCUCCAAAGAUAUCUGAUCAUCACAAACCCCAUGUCACAAUUGACACAUGUAAGCCUCUCGUAUCACUAUUUUCUCGUCAUAGUAAACGUUUUUAGAAAGUCCAAAACGCGUCGAAACUGGAGAUCAUCAUCGUCUACUGGACCGUUCCCACUUUAAUCAGUUGGGUUGUGCUCAAAGACAACAACUUUUGUUAUGACAGUCUGGAGACUAUGGCUAUAAUUGCAGAGCAGUCCGUUAUUAAGGUGAGCAACUGUGAAUUGUAUGAAGGCGGUGAAACAGUCGUUCUUUGCAGCGCAACACUUUGAUGGCUCUGAUCGUGGUCAGUCUCACCUGCGUCUCGUGCUCUCUGGCCUACGGAGCUCUGUUCAUUUUCAUCAGAAAACAUGCGGUCGGCCUUUCUCGGUAAGUCUUUGGAGACCUUGAAAUUCCACAACUUUAUGGUUCUCACAAGAUCUCUCCGUCGAGAAGUGCACCUGGCAUUCCAAGUAUUCGUCCUGCUUUUGGCCUUCUUCGCGAUUCUAGUGUACUACAGUUUUCAAAACUACUUUUCCCAAACUCAGAAUGUAAGAAACGUUCUUCUGGUAACACUAGAGACCAGAAUUCUUCCAGACGGGACCCAUAUUCUACAUGCGCGCCCUGUACCCGGUCGCCAACGGACUUCUCUCUUACAUCAAUCCGUUCUGCAUCCUUUUCCUCAACAAAGACCUCGCUUAUCAGGUCGUCCGUUCCCUCACCUGUCACAAAUACAAAGUGGUAAGUGAACGAUUCAUCAAAACACUUUUAUUUUUGUUUUUGCAGAGCGAAGUACAGAUCUCAGUGAUCGCGUCGAACUCGCACAAACAACAGCAUAAGAAUGUGCGCAGAAAACAGAAUGUGAAUUCGAUUCGAACAGAAGAAUCGAGUCCGGCGAACCAUCAAGUCAUGUUGUGA